AUGAGAGGGGAGACGCAAUUGCUGCUGAGUUUCCUACGGAGACAUACAAAAGCAGCAGCAGCAGCAGCAGCAGCACCACCAACAGCAGCAGCAGCAAUAGACGUCAUGGUAGCAGCAGCAAGACAAACGCAGCAGCAGCAUCAUCCGUUGUUACAUAACCAAGGAACAGCAGCACAGCAGCAGCAGCAGCAGCAGCAGCAGCAGCAAAUGCAACAUAAGCAACCGGCCCAAGAGCAUCAGAAAGCGCAGCAGCGGCAGCGUGAACGGAAACAGCAGCAGCAGCAGCAGCAACAACUGCAGCAGCACCACCACAUCUACCACUAUCAGCCCCAGCAGCAGAAGCAGCAGCCCGAGCAGCAGCAACACCACCAGCAGCAACACCACCACCACCACCAGCAACAGCGACAGCAGCAACAGCAGCAGCAGCAGUUUCUAGUGUCUAUCUACGCUGCUGUGAUGGGGCCCUGGCUCCUUGGGGGCCCCUAG